AUACUUAAAAUAUUAAAUAAUGCUGAGAAAAAUCUCAAUGAUAGUAGUGAAUUUAUUGGAAACAGUAAGGAUACUGUAAAAAAUGCUAAAAAUAUAUUAACUAACAAUGAUGUACUUACUAGCAAUGAUAUUUCAUAUUUAAAUAAAUCAUCGUCAUCAGACAAUUUAGCUAUCACUGAAAAUUCAGAUGCCGAAAGUGUUGCUGUUGUUAAUGAUACUCAGGUAACAGAAAAUAUAUCUACAACAGUUAAUGAUUCAACUGUAAGAGAAAGUAAUUCAGACUUUUCAAAUACCAAGAUAUAUACAAUUGAAAACAUUGUAAAUAGCAAAAAAUAUGAUGCAAACCCUUUGCUAGAAUUAAAAAAUAAAAUACAUUUGACAAAAAAUAUUGAUGAAACUAAAUCUAUAGAAAGUCCAUCUAAUAGUAAUAUAAAUAAUAGUGAAAUGGUCGAUAUUUGUUCCAAUGGUAUUGAUCAACAUUUUGAAGUCAUAGAUUCUGUCAAUAGUUCUAACCUCGGUUCUAACAUUUCAUUAUCUGAUUUAACUAAUUUACCUGAAGAUAUCAGUAGUAUUAAAAGUGCAGUAAAGCAGAUUACCAAAGAGAGUUCACCACAGUUUUUAAAAUUGUAUAAUAAUAAAGAAUUGACUUGUGAGCAAUUUGAGAGCAUGUGUUCACAGAAAGUUACUGAAAUAAUGGCAUCCGAGUUAUUCUGGGGUAAUAACGUUUUUUCAGAACUUAAGUUGUUGAAGGAAAAUGAAAAACUCUGGCAUGAAAAAUGUUGUUCGCUAAAUGAAGAAUUUAAAGAAUUAAAGCAUUUUUUAAAUAUUCAUAAACAAGAGGGAUGUAGUAUGAAGUUACCAAAACAAGCGAUUUCUUUGCCAAGACCUGAUUCAGUAAGUAUUGCUGUUGAAGAUGAUGAUGAUGAUGUUGUUGAAUUAGAAUUUGAAACGGUAGAAUCUGCUAGUUCAUCAACUUCAAAAAUUACAAAUACGACUAAAAAAAAGAAUGGUGAUUCGGAAAAAACUAUUACUUAUUUAGAGCUAUCUAAGAAUCCAUCAUCAUCUUCCUCAAGUUUUAUAACUGGAACAGCUUCACGCUCUCCUCGACGAACAAGUGUUUUAAAUAAAUAUACCAUAAAUACAAGUCCAAAUUCCCAAAAACUUAAACCAAUUUUAACCGAAGUGUCACCUCCAGUACCCGGAAUUCCAAAUCAAAGGAGUCUUUCUACAUGGAAAGGAUUACCUCCCGCACCUCAUUUGACCAUUUUAAAAUCACCAGAAGUGCAAAAUAUGCCUCAAGCAUUAGUGCUCUCGUGGACUAUGAAUGUUAAUGGAACAAUUGCAGAAGUAAUAAGUUAUCAGAUUUAUGCUUAUCAAGAGACACCCGAUCAACCACCUAAUAUUGACUUAUGGAAGAAAAUUGGUGAUGUAAAUGCUCUUCCUCUACCAAUGGCUUGCUCACUUACUUAUCUUUCAAAUGGUCAAAAAUAUCAUUUUAUAGUAAGAGCUGUUGAUGUUUACACUCGUGUUGGGCCAUUUAGCACACCGGAAAGUAUGUAUUUGAAAUUAAUUUAAUGUUAGGCAUUAGCAAGUUAAUGUUAAACAUGUGAAUUAAUUUAUAAUAUUAUACCUAAGAAAAAAUAAACCACAAUAUAUUAUAAAAAUUUUUUUAUGUUUUUUAAAUUUACUUAUAUAUUAUAACUAAAAAUGAAUAAUUAAUAACACUUGACACUGUCAUUAACUUAUACUAAUAUUUCUAUAUUGAAUAAAAUAACAGAUGAGUAAAAAGUACUACAAAACUAUGAAUAUUUUUGAUUUAUUACUUUAUAAACAUUAUAUUACUAAAUUGCACCUCAUUAUAGCCUAAUGUGACCAUAUGGUAACAUCUGUUUUCUCGGAAAUAGCCUAAGGAAAAAAUUUUGAAGCAUUUUAUUUGUGUUCUAGUUAUCUACCAGACUCUAAAAUUGUAAAAAAAUUUUCAAAAAAAAAUUCAGACUUUUGAUGGUUAAGAAGCUAAUCUCCUACCAUAAUGUUUUUUACUUCAUGAGGUUAUUAGGGGACUGUGAACCAAAAAAGUUUGAGAACCCCUGGUAUAUACAAUAAUUUAUCAUUAAAUUAAAAUUUAACACAUCCAUUACAGUGCCUACUCAAUGACGAAGUAUACAAGACUUCUGCUGAACAUUAGAUGCAUUUUUUUUUUAAAUUACUGUGGAGAACUACGAACACAUUUUAUAAAUAA